AACUUCCGGGAAGAUAGAAGCAGCCGCAGCUGCCCAGGUGAGCCGGCCGGAGGCGAGCGGCUGAGGGGGAAAGGGACGUGCUCGCCCGCCUCCGGUCCUGAGGAAGAGGAAGGCGUAGCUCCUUUCGGGGAUAACUGUGUCCCUUGAGAUAGAAACACAUCUUCAUUUUAAGACUUUGCUCCACAAUGGAGGAGACUGGCCGAGAGGCAGUUGCAACAGCUGUGCAGAGAGUCGCUGGAAUGCUGCAGCGGCCAGAUCAACUGGAUAAAGUGGAACAAUAUCGUCGGAGGGAAGCACGGAAGAAGGCUUCAGUGGAAGCUAGACUGAAGGCAGCAAUCCAGUCACAGCUAGAUGGCGUCCGAACUGGCUUAAGCCAACUGCACAAUGCACUGAAUGAUGUAAAAGAUAUUCAGCGUUCUUUGAUUGAUGUCAAUAAAGACUGGCGGCAAAGUAUAAACACCAUAGAAAGCCUCAAGGAUGUUAAAGAUGCUGUAGUUCAGCAUAGCCAACUAGCAGCUGCUGUAGAGAACCUCAAGAAUAUCUUCUCAGUGCCAGAGAUAGUACAGGAGACACAAGACUUGAUUGAUCAGGGGGAAUUACUGCAAGCCCACCGAAAGCUAAUGGACUUGGAGUGCUCUCGAGAUGAUCUGAUGUAUGAACAAUAUCGUAUGGACAGCAAGAACACCCGUGAUAUGAACCUCAUUGACAACUAUUUUGGAGAUAUGCAAAAACUUUCUGAAGAGCUGGCCAAGCAACUCUGGAUGGUCAUUCAGAGGUCUCUAGUCACUGUCCGCCGAGAUCCCACCUUGCUGGUUUCAGUUGUCAGAAUAAUUGAGAGGGAAGAGAAAAUAGACAGGCGCAUGCUAGACAGGAAAAAGCAAACUGGAUUUAUCCCCCCUGGCAGGCCUAAAAAAUGGAAGGAGAAAAUGUUCAAUGUAUUGGAUCGAACAGUCACUACCAGGAUUGAAGGCACUCAAGCAGACACCCGAGAAUCUGACAAAAUGUGGCUUGUCCGUCAUCUGGAAAUAAUUCGCAAAUAUGUCCUUGAUGAUCUGCUGGUGGCCAAGAACCUUUUGGAUCAAUGUUUCCCCCCACACUAUGAAAUUUUCAAAAGAUUACUAAGCAUGUACCAUCAGGCACUGUCUUUACGCAUGCAAGAUCUGGCUUCUGAAGAUCUGGAAGCAAAUGAAAUUGUUAGCCUUUUGACAUGGGUUUUAAAUACUUACAAAAGCAUAGAGAUGAUGGGAAAUCCAGAACUUGCACCAGAGGUGGAUGUGAAUACCCUGCAGCCAUUGCUUUCUCAGGAAGUGGUGGAUGAGCUUCUCAGCACAUAUAUGUCAACUCUUACAUCCAACAUCAUUGGCUGGCUACGAAAAGCACUGGAGACAGAUAAGAAAGACUGGCUAAAAGAAAAUGAGCCUGAAGCAGAUCAAGAUGGAUACUAUCAGACUACACUCCCUGCUAUUGUGUUCCAGAUGUUUGAGCAGAAUCUUCAAGUAGCUACACAGAUAAGUGAAGAUUUGAAAAUAAAGGUACUCUAUUUGUGCCUUCAACAAAUGAGUUCAUUCCUCAGCAGGUACAAAGAGGAAGCAAAUUUAUAUAAAGAAGAGCAUCUAAGAAAUCGUCAGUACCAUCUGUGCUAUGUUCAGUACAUGGUUGCCAUCAUCAACAAUUGCCAGACCUUUAAGGAAUCUAUCAUCAGUUUGAAAAAGAAAUACUUGACUCCUGUGAUGGAAGAGCUUAUGACAAGCAGUCAUGCAUGCAUUGAUGCAGUUCUGGAUGAUGUUGCCAAGGAAGGAUGUGCAAGCCUGCUUGAUGAAGUCUUCAUGGAUUUAGAGCCACAUCUCAGUGAACUGAUGACAAGGAAAUGGCUGGCAGGAUCCAAUGCAGUAGAUACAAUUUGUGUAACGGUGGAGGAUUAUUUCAAUGAUUUUGCAAGAAUAAAGAAGCCCUGUAAGAAGAAAAUGACUCUUGAGUGCCAUCGCAGAGUUGUUGUAGAGUACAUCAAGGCUAUUAUGCUAAAGCGUAUUACUUUCAAGAAUGCAGAAGAAAGAAAAGAAGGUGCUGAAAGAAUGAACAGAGAAGCUGAACAGUUCAGAUUUCUGUUCAAGAAACUUACUGCUGGAUCUGGAGAGGAAACAGAAGGACUUUGUGACGUCAUUGAAGCCAUUGCAGAAGUAUUUAAGUUGACAGAUCCAUCACUGCUUUACCUAGAAGUCUCAACUUUAGUUAGCAAACAUCCAGAUAUCAGGGAUGAUCAUAUUGCAGCUUUACUGACAAUGCGAGGAGAUGCCAGCAGAGAGAUGAAGCAGACCAUAAUUGAAACUCUGGACAAAGGCUCAACCCUGCCAAAUGCAAAUUAUGUGCCCAUUUUUAAAGAAAUAACAGUUCCAACAUUAACUGUGCCAAAGCUUCUUAAGUAAUAGCAAAUUAUUUCGGUAUGGAUCACUUUGGUGUAGUGUUACUAUAUUGUAGCCUAAUCUGGCUUUGCACAUGAGAGUUUCGUGCUGGGCUUUUAGUUUUUGUGUCUGAUGUUAGCUUAGUCACUUGAAGAGUAUGCUGUAUUCUGAUGGCCAGAAUGCUUUAAAUUGACGUCUUCACCA